UUAAUGAGGCUGGGGGAGGGAGCAAGAGGAGAGGGCGGAGGGAAGCCGGAAAGAAUCCCUGGCUGUCCCCUCCGCCCGCUCACAAGCUUCCCACCGCAGGCGGCAGCAGCUCUCGCUCCCGCUACCGGACGCUCCGUCCCCAGGCACCGGUAGCCACCCCUGGCCGACGCGGGCGCUCCGCAGCCGCGGCACAUCCGGAGCGGCGCCCACAUGCCGGUGCUCCUGUUCCCCCCGCUGCUGCUGCUGCUGGGCAGCACGCUGAUCUUCCGGGCCAAGCUGCUGCUGCUCUGCCGCCUGCCCUUGCCUGGCCACGUGCGGGGAGACCCCUUGCGCACCUGGCGCUGGCACAACCUGCUCGUCUCCUUCGCCCACUCCAUAGUGUCCGGGUUCUGGGCGCUGCUCUGCGUCUGGCAGACCCCGGAGAUGCUGGUGGAGCUGGAGACAGCCUCGUCCACCUCUGGAUAUCUGCUCGUCUGCUUCUCCACCGGCUAUUUCAUCCACGACACGGUGGACAUCGUGGUGAGCAAGCAGGCCCAGGCUUCUUGGGAGUAUCUGGUCCAUCAUGUUUUGGCCAUUGCUGCCUUUGUCUCAGGCAUUUUUAAGGGCACCUUCGUGGCAGGGGGGGUCAUGACCCUAUUUGUGGAAGUCAGUAACAUCUUCCUUACGAUGAGAAUGUUGAUGAAGCUCAGUAACAACCAGGACUGCGUUUUCUACCAGGUCAACAAGUACGUCAACCUGGUCAUGUACUUCCUCUUUCGCCUGGCCCCCCAGGCCUACCUCACCAGCUUUUUCCUUCGGUACCUGGGGCAGAGGACAGAGGGUGGCUUUCUGCUCAGCAUCCUGUUGAUGGUGGAUUUGAUGAUUCUCAUCUACUUUUCCCGCCUCCUUCGCUCAGACUUCUGCCCAGGGAGAGCUUCCCUUCGGCAUAACAAAGACAAGUUUCUGACCGAAUAGGUCUGAUCUGUCCUUUGCUAACUUUGGGGACUGUGUGGCCUAGUACCUCUCUGGCACAGGCACCUAUUAUUUCUCUACCGACUUAGAUGUACUAUUGAAGACACUAAAAAAAAAAAAAAACCAAAGCUCACUAAUUUGGAAAUCCUUUCUAUGGUCAAGGGAAGCCAGCAGUUGAAUUAGAAAGCUCCUUUGGGUGUGGUAGCCUGGGGAAGACUUUUGUUCAUUCCUUGGUACAACAGAGGUAAGGCCAGAGCUAAAGAAGGAAGCUUUAUCAUGAACAAGGAUCAUGUAAAAUGUUCCGUAACCCACACAGGGCCGAAUUUUGUUCUGACCAGUCAAAACUCCCUUAAGAACACAUACAAGAAACACUACCAACUUCAACCUCUUACUUGGAAGCUAGAGGUCAGUAGUCAUACUUCCUUCUUUGUGAACAUAAAGGAACAGU